CAUUGAAUAAAAAAUUUCCCAAAUUCAUUCAGAUUACCAGAACCAAAGUCCCUGUGUAACCACAACCCACCCGGACUUGCUUUAUUCCAUAGCUAAAUCUCUCCCUUCUUCACAUCGUUCAGUGUUUGACUGAAUUUCCUCCUCCUUUUCUCGGUGUGACCCCUCUACCCCUUCUCUCUCCCCUCUUUCUCCCUUUGGGGUCGCGCCAAUUCACACACACACACACACACAGUUUCUCUUUGUAUUUUGUUCCCAAUUCACACACAAACACACCAAUUUCAAAUCGUAAAGGGAAGGUCUUUUGAAUCUCAUCAAUGGCGACAGAGAUGGCACAACCAGAUGCAGAAGGGAUUGACGGAGUUCGAAUGACAUGGAACGCAUGGCCACGAACAAAAGUUGAAUCAAGCAAGUGCGUGAUCCCAAUCGCUACCUCGAUCCACUUGAUCCGUCCUCAUACCGAUCUCCCCACGCUCUCUUACCCGCCGCUUAAAUGCAAAACUUGCUCUUCAGUUCUCAAUCCCUUUGCUCGUGUUGAUUUUCAAGCCCUAAUUUGGAUCUGUCCGUUUUGCUUUCAACGUAACCAUUUUCCUCAUCACUAUUCGGGAAUUAAUGAAACUAAUGUUCCUGCUGAACUUUAUCCUCAAUUCACCACAAUUCAAUACACUCUCCCUAACCCGGGCCCGAACCCGACUCAAAACCCUAACCCGGUAGAUUUUUCGAUUUCGCCAAUUUAUUUGUUCGUUUUGGACACGUGUAUGCUUGAGGAGGAAUUGGAAUUUGCGAAAUCGGCAUUGAAACGGGCGAUCGGGAUGUUACCGGAUAAUGCUAUGGUGGGGUUUAUAUCGUAUGGUACGCAGGUCCAGGUGCAUGAGCUAGGGUUUUCGGAUAUGUCGAAGGUUUAUGUUUUUCGGGGAUCGAAAGAGUUGUCUAAAGAUCAUGUUUUGGAUCAAUUGGGCCUUGGAAGUAGUGUUGGUGGAAGACGGGCCGGUCCUGGCCCAAUUGGGGCUCCCAGUAUUGGUGUUACCAGAUUCUUAUUGCCUGCCUCGGAGUGUGAAUAUACCUUGAAUUCUGUCCGUUUCAACUUGGCAAUUAUUUAU